UAAUCUUCAUAUAUAUUUUCCUCUUUACACAUAAAUUUAGAUGAAUAUUCGAUUUUUUUUAUAAAUAAAUGAACAAAAAGUAUUUUACCGAAUUAGCCGUAGCGCAUCGACGCUUCAUGUUUCGAACUUGUUUGGGUUCAAAUAUUGGAAAUUUUGAAAACUUGAUCCAAUACAGGCAUGGCAGAAGCAAAUCAAUACGAAGAUCUGCGGCUGGCAGAAGAGCCACGAGUUAUUACUAGGGUUUACUACAUUGAUGCGAUACAUACUGAAAAUCGUCAUGAUCAUCAUGGGGAUAUCAUACACGUAAAUCCCCCUACUCCCGGCACAGCUACUCAACUGGAAAGCCAAACUUCUGGCGGAGGCACAAAAACGCUGGACAGGUGUCAACUCUACGAAAUGGCUAAUAAGGGACACAAAGCACUUCUACAUGAAAAUGAAGAAGCGUCCAAGUUUAUCAGCCUAUACCGGAAAGAAGUGGUUUCAAUACCGGAAGAAAUUAAAGAUGAUUGGGCCAACGUUUUACCAGUAGUAAGUAAAACAUGGGAGACACUUUACAAUAGGAUAAUGGUAGACGUUCGCGACAAGAACUUGAAAGGUGAAGACAGAGUGAGAAAUGCGCUGGCUUCUAUAUGCAAACAUCUGAAGGAGCAAAGUAUCGAAGAACUAGUGAUAGAAGAUGAUUUUUUGCGCCAAUUUGUCGGCCGAAUAAAAGAUGUAAUGAACAUGGGAAGUAUAUUAGCAGAAAAACAGAUGAAUAUUCUUUCUACCAUCUGAUUUUAUGUUGCUGCGAAACUCCACCACAUCAGUGCAAAACGCAAUUUCUCUGUCAUCGGAAUAAAGGAGAAUGUAGAAAAAAUAACAUCAAUUAUUAAAAAAAUGACUAAAGAGGACAAAGUGAUAAAAAAAAGUCAUUCACUGUUGUGUUCUACCCCUCCUGCUGGAGAUAUCUGAGUUGGUACCAUGCGUUUCAGAUGCAGAACCAGAAGUGAAAGUCAUUAACGAAGUCUGGUGUUUGUAUAACGUCGCUCUCUGCUAUUACUACUGUGGUGUUCGAAAGAAAUCUGUAACAGUCAACUCAUCCGUCAUUCAACUUAUGGGAAAUGAAUAUAGAAAUGACGCCGCCAAACGUCGAGUAUUCGGACAUUGUCAUCACAAUGCUGCACUUGCCUACAGCGAUAACAAUAAAUUUGCCGAGGCAAUUAAACAUUACAAGUUGGCCGUUGAGUCAUAAGUGAAAGCCACUGAUUGGGCCAGCGAAAAUCAUAGGAAUGAAAAAAUCAAACGCACGAAAGAAUAUCUGAGAAGAGCAGAAGUACGCAAAAAUUGACAUAUAUGAAAACACGUUUCUAUUGUUCUAAUACCUAAUUACUAUCUCUCUAACUCAAUAAGUACUACAAAUAUCAUUCAAAAAUAUAUUAUCAAUAAUUGCUAGAUCGGUGUUUCAAAAGUGUUUCGUUCUUGCUCGGAAUUAUUCACAAAACUUAAUAUUUGUAUUCAAUAUACUUUCUAACUUUAUGUGUAUUAAUGAAUAAUUCUAUUUGAAAACAUGUAGACGAUUGCUAUGUAUAUAUACGAGUGUAGGUCAUGGUGAAUCUGGCUUCAGAAUGUGCCUUGUCUAUGCCUGGGGCACCAUAUUUUUUGACUUCAAAGCGGGACGCCUCCAAAGACACGACCCCUUAGCUGUAAUCCUGUAACCUUACAGUUCCAGAUUUUACUACAUAGGCCUACUUUGAACUCUGAAUCCCCAGAACGACGAUACUCUCUAACCCUGACCUCGCAUCGAUUCGACGCGGUAAAAAAUUGUAAUAUCCCUAAUUUUAAAUCAAUGUAACUUCCAAACCAUUAGAUAUCAGAUGGUCUGUCUGUAAUAUGUCUUAUAAAAGCUUAUCUAGUCUUUUAAUUAUAACUGGCAUCAUUUUUACGAUAUGUUUUGAUGUUAUGUGUAAGCCUAUUUUUAGUCCCAUCUACUAUUUUUUUUUGUAUUUUGAUGAGAUUUGACACCUUGUUAGAAAUGCGUAACGCUUUGUGUAAGGUAGAUUGCGCAUCCGGUCGUUCACAGCUUAAGUUCAGAUUGUGCCAUCAUUGUAUCAGUAUCAUAUCCUCGGUCUCAUAUAAACCGUAUAUUCAGACGAAUGUUGAUCGAACAUGAAUAAAAUUGUUAAAAAUUUAAAGGCCUUUUUAUAUACGUUUAUUUUCUGAAUAUGGGACGCAAAUGAAUGGCCAAAGUGAAAUAUUUGAUUCUCCUCAUGCAUUUAUGAGGUUCUACCGGAAACAUCAAGGCUAAUUCUUCACCGUUGGAUAUUAUUAAAAUCGAAGAAAAAAAACUGAUAACGGGAACGUGGAAGACAUGAUGGCACCUGUAGCUCACCUGGUCAGUGUUUUACUUUUUGCGGCCUCAUUCGAUUUUGGAAAUUACUGCAUUACACGCUACAUUCUUGAUAUCGCUAUAUUUACAAUGGAUUCAACAAUGGAUUUUCCCGAGGAAAUAGCCUAUUGGAUAGUAUUCAUCUAUCGGAAGAAGAAAAGAUGUCACAAUAAAGUCUAGUAUUGGCGCUAAACAAUGCAUCGAGCGAUAUGUUCCAUCAUUACGUUUUUAGA